UCAGGAUUCAUGCUGCCCUCGCCCAUUGUCAGCAGUGGCUCCGUACUAGCCCUGUGGUUUACAACAGACUUUGCAGUGAGUGCACAGGGCUUCAAAGCUGUAUAUGAAGUCCUUCCCAGCCAUACAUGUGGCACACCCGGUCUUAUUCCGAAUGGAAUUAUUCAUGGCUCAAGGUACAACAUGGGAGACAAGAUCCGAUACAGCUGUGAGUCAGGUUUCGUGCUCGAAGGUCACAGUAUCCUCACAUGCAUCGUAUCACCUGGUAGUGGAGCACAGUGGGACUUCCCUUCACCGUUUUGUCGAGCGGAAGGAGCAUGUGGCGGUACGUUACGAGGCACAGCAGGUUAUAUUACCAGCCCCGGAUACCCAUCAGAGUAUGACAACAACCUGGAUUGCACAUGGUCAAUCCUGGCCGAACCUGGGGACACUAUCGCUCUUGUUUUCACUGACUUCCUUUUAGAAGACAAAUAUGACUUUCUGGAAAUCAGUGGGACAGAAGCACCGACCAUAUGGCUCACAGGUACAACCUCACCAUCACCAGUGAUAUCAAAUAAAAAUUGGCUUCGGAUACACUUCACUUCAGACAGCAACCAUAGAAGAAAAGGGUUCAGUGCUCAGUAUCAAGUGAAAAAAGCCAUAGAGUUGAAGUCCAGAGGCGUAAAGAUGAUGCCCAGUAAAGACUCCAGUCACAAAAACGCAGUGUUAAGCCAGAGUGGUCUUGCUGGUGAUGUUUGUCCAGAUCCCGGAGUCCCUGAAAAUGGCAAGAGGAUAGGUUCAGUCUUCCAGGUUGGCUCAAGUGUCCAGUUCAGUUGUGAUGACAGCUAUGUACUUCAUGGAUCUAAAAGCAUCACCUGUCAACGAGUCACUGACACACUGGCUGCUUGGAGCGACCAUAGACCCAUCUGCAGAACUCGUACCUGUGGCAGUAAUCUUAGAGGGCCCAAAGGGGUGAUAACAUCACCUAACUACCCUGUUCAGUAUGAGAACAACGCACACUGUGUGUGGGUGAUCACUGCUAUGGACUCUGAAAAGGUUAUAAAGCUAUCAUUUGAAGAGUUUGACCUGGAGAGAGGCUACGACACCCUGACUGUGGGAGACGGUGGAAAGAUAGGUGACACUCGGAGGGUACUAUAUGUACUCACUGGUACCAGCGUCCCCGAUCUCAUCGUGAGUUUGUCGAAUCAGAUGUGGCUACACCUGCAGUCAGAUGACACGAUUGGUUCUGCUGGGUUCAAAGCAAUCUAUGAAGAAAUUGACAGGGGAGGUUGUGGCGAUCCCGGGGUGCCUGCGUUUGGUCAUCGUAGCGGCGAUCGCUUUCAGCACAGCGAUAUACUGACCUUCUUUUGCCAGUCAGCUUUUGAGCUUGUGGGGGAAAAGACCAUUACAUGCCAGCACAAUAACCAGUGGUCUGGAAACAAGCCCAGUUGUGUGUUUUCUUGUUUCUUUAAUUUCACUGCUCCUUCAGGGACUGUGUUGUCCCCAAACUACCCGGAGGAGUAUGGCAACAAUCUAAACUGUGUGUGGUUGAUUAUCUCUGAGCCAGGAAGUCGAAUACAUCUCUUCUUCUCUGACUUUGACCUGGAGCCGCAGUUCGAUUGGCUGGUGGUCAAAGAUGAAGGUCUGUCUGAGGCAACAACAUUUGGGACCUUCUCAGGAAAAGACGUUCCAUCACAGAUUGCAUCAAAUGGACAUAUAAUGAGACUGGAAUUCCAGUCUGACCAUUCCAAUACUGGGAAAGGCUUCAAUAUCAGUUAUACAACAUUUGGGCAGAAUGAGUGUCAUGACCCAGGUGUUCCAGUCAAUGGACAAAGGUAUGGUGACCAGUUUCAGCUCGGCAGCUCAGUGGCUUUUCGCUGUGAUCAGGGAUUCAUCAGAACACAGGGGUCGGAUCAGGUGACUUGUAUCAUUCAGGAUGGAAAUGUUGUUUGGUCUGCAGCUGUUCCCCGAUGUGAAGCUCCCUGUGGAGGCCAUCUCACCGCCCCUACUGGUGUCAUUCUGUCUCCUGGUUGGCCAUCCUUUUAUAAAGAUUCUCUUAACUGUCAGUGGGUCAUUGAGGCACAGAAAGACCAUGCUGUAAAAAUACACUUUGACAAGUUCCAGACAGAGGUUAACUAUGACACACUGGAGAUUAGAGAUGGCCCAUCUGCCUCGUCUCCCCUGAUCGGCGAAUACCACGGCACCCAAGCACCUCAUUUCCUGAUUUCCACAUCCAACUUCCUGUUCCUGUUAUUCACUACCGACAACAGCCGCUCCUCAGCGGGUUUCAGCAUCAGAUAUGAAAGUGUGAAGAUGGAGUCAGACUCCUGCCUCGACCCUGGUAUCCCAGUCAACGGUCGUCGCCAUGGCAGUAGCUUUUCCAUCGGCUCGCAUGUCUCAUUUACAUGCAACGCCGGAUACACACUCAGUGAUCAGGAGCCAAUCGUUUGUGACCAGAAUCACCAGUGGAGUCAUGCUCUUCCCAGCUGUGAUGCUCUUUGUGGAGGAUAUGUUUUUGGUAAAACUGGGACAAUUCUCUCUCCUGGCUUUCCUGAUUUCUAUCCUAACUCGUUAAACUGCACCUGGACUAUAGAGGUGUCUCAUGGGAAAGGAGUCCAUCUGGUUUUCCAUACUUUCCAUCUAGAGGAGAAUCAUGACUAUCUGUCCAUCAUUGAAGAUGGCAACUUCCACGCUCCUGUAGCUCGACUCACCGGCUCAGUGCUUCCACCUAGUGUUAAAGCUGGACUCUACGGAAACUUCAGCGUGCAGAUGCGAUUUAUAUCAGAUUUUUCUAUGAGUUACGAAGGAUUCAACAUAACUUUUUCAGAGUACGACUUGGAGCCCUGUGAGGAUCCUGGUGUGCCGGCAUUCAGCAGGAGGAUGGGAUUUCGAUUUGGAGUUGGCGAUUUGCUUGCAUUCUCUUGUUUCCACGGCUACAGGCUUGAGGGAGACACUAAGAUCACUUGUCUAGGAGGUGGCAGGAGAGUGUGGAGCAACAUACUGCCAAGGUGUAUAGCUGAGUGUGGAGCUUCUACACUUGGACCAGAUGGUGUUCUACUCUCUCCAAAUUUCCCCUCCAGUUAUGAUAACAACCAUGAGUGCAUUUACCGCAUCACUACUGAAAAGGGCAAAGGAAUCAGGCUGAAAGCUGAGAGCUUCUCUUUGCAAGAUGGAGACUACCUAAAGGUUUAUGAUGGAGAGAACACUUCAUCCCGUCUUCUUGGCAACUUUACACUUGAAGGAAUGAUGGGUCGUAUCAUCAACAGUACAUCCAAUCACCUAUGGCUGGAGUUCAAUAGCAAUGCCUCUGGAACUGAUCAGGGCUUCCGCCUCACUUACACAAGUUUCGACCUAAUUCGCUGUGAGGAACCAGGAGUUCCCAGUUAUGGAUAUAAGAUCCAGGACGACGGUCAUUAUGCCAACACAUUUGUCCUUUACUCCUGCAACCCUGGGUAUACCCUCCAUGGCAGCAGUACCCUAACCUGUCUAAGUGGUGAUAGGCGGGUUUGGGACAAACCGCUUCCUUCCUGCAUUGCGGAGUGUGGAGGUCACAUAAGUGGGGCCGUGUCUGGACGGAUUCUCUCCCCUGGAUACCCUGCUCCAUAUGACAAUAACCUCCACUGUACCUGGACAAUAGAGGCUGACACAGGCAAGACUAUCAGCCUUCACUUCAUUGUCUUUGACACUGAGGUUGGCCAUGACAUUCUGAGAGUCUGGGACGGCCCAUCGGGGCCUUCAGAUGGUGGGAUUCUGUUGAAAGAAUGGUCUGGCCCUGCAUUACCUGAAGACAUCCACUCGACUUUCAACAUCCUCACUCUGCAGUUUGAUGCUGAUUAUUUUAUCAGCAAGCAAGGAUUUUCUAUACAGUUCUCUACCACAACAGCAACAUCCUGCAAUGACCCUGGUAUCCCUGUAAAUGGAUCUCGAUAUGGAGACAGUAAGGAGCCUGGUGACAGCAUGACAUUCCAGUGUGACCCAGGCUAUCAGCUACAAGGGAAAGACACCAUCACAUGUGUCCGGAUGGAUAACAGGUUCUACUGGCAACCAGAUCCACCAACCUGUAUGGCAACCUGUGGGGGUAAUGUCAGCGGUCCUUCAGGUGUGAUUCUUUCUCCGAACUACCCACAACCAUACCCCCCUGGAAAAGAGUGCGAUUGGAGAAUCACAGUCAAUCCUGACUUUGUCAUUGCCCUUAUCUUCAAAAGUUUCAACAUGGAGCCAAGUUAUGACUUCCUGCACAUCUAUGAGGGUGAAGACUCAAAUGGGCCGUUACUUUCAAGUCUUCAAGGCACCCAAGCCCCUGAACGCAUAGAAAGCAGUGGAAACAGCCUGUUUCUGGCAUUUCGGUCUGAUGCAUCUCUAGGAAUGUCCGGAUUUGCCAUUGAAUACAGAGAGAAACCCAGAGAGGCCUGUUUUGACCCCGGUAACAUCAUGAACGGCAGUCGGACAGGCUAUGACUACAAACUAGGAUCUCAGGUCUCCUACAGCUGUCACCAUGGCUACACGAUAGUCGGUAGUGAAACCGUUAUGUGUGUCAUGGGAAAGGAUGGGAAACCAGUAUGGGACAAAGCCCUACCAUCAUGUAAAGCUCCAUGUGGAGGACACUAUGGUGGUUCAGAGGGUGUUGUUUUGUCCCCAAAUUAUCCUUUAAACUACACUGCAAGGCAGAUGUGUUCCUAUUACAUUACUGUUUCCCCACAGUUUGUGGUCUUCGGUCAGUUUGCUGUUUUCCAGACGGCAACAAAUGACUCAGUGGAGCUGUUUGAUGGAGCAAAUGAUAAUAGCCGACUGCUUAGCUCUCUAACUGGAUCCCACUCAGGAGAGACUUUGCCAUUGGCAACAUCUAAUCAAAUCAUGCUCCGAUUCAAUGCUAAGAGUGGCCAAUCAGCUAAAGGCUUUCACUUCGUCUACCAAGCUGUUCCUCGCACAAGUGAUAGUCAAUGCAGCUCAGUGCCAGAGCCUCGGUAUGGCAGGCGAAUUGGCUCAGAGUUCUCUGCAGGCUCUGUUGUCCGUUUCGAGUGCAGCCCUGGCUACCUGUUGAAAGGAUCUAGUGCAAUUCGAUGCCAGGCUGUACCGGGUGCCUUAGCACAGUGGAAUGCAUCAACACCCACUUGCAUAGUUCCCUGCAGUGGGAAUUUGACUGAACGUCGAGGUACCAUAUUGUCUCCUGGCUAUCCUGAACCUUACCCCAAUAGCCUAAACUGUCUGUGGAGGAUCCAUGUCAGUGAAGGAGCAGGAAUACAGAUCCAGGUUAUGACCUUUGCAACUGAGCAUAACUGGGACUCUCUGGAAAUAUAUGAUGGAGGGGACAUGACAGCUCCAAAACUGGGAUCCUUCUCAGGAACAACGGCUCCUGCUCUCCUCAACUCAACAUCCAAUCAGCUACUCUUGCACUUUCAAAGUGACAUCAGUGUGGUGGCAGCAGGCUUUCACCUGGAAUACAAGACUGUUGGGCUCACCACUUGCCCAGAACCAAUGAUCCCAGCAAACGGCAUAAAAACAGGAGACAGAUAUAUGGUGAAUGAAGUGGUAGCGUUCAGCUGUGAGCCUGGUUACACACUACAGGGCCAUUCACACAUUUCCUGCAUGCCUGGGACUGUCCGUCGUUGGAACUACCCACCACCUCUCUGUAUAGCACGCUGCGGUGGGGUCCUUUCUGAGAUGAGUAGUGUGAUCCUGAGUCCAGGCUUUCCUGGCAACUACCCUGGAAACCUGGACUGCACUUGGCUAAUUACCCUGCCAGCUGGAUAUGGAGCCCAUAUCCAAUUUCAAAACUUCUCCUCAGAGGACAAUCAUGACUUUCUUGAAGUCCGUGCUGGACCACAACACAGCUCUGCUCUCAUUGGUCAGUUUACGGGCUCACAGAUUCCACCACCACUGAUGAGCACUACGCACCUGACAAUCAUCCACUUCUACAGUGACCACUCACAGAACAGACCAGGAUUCAGACUAACCUACCAGGCUUAUCAGCUUCAGAACUGCCAGGAUCCUUCUCCAUUUCCGAAUGGGGACAUUAUCAAGAGUGACUACAGUGCUGGACAGUCAAUUACUUUUCAGUGCUACUCUGGUUAUGUCUUGAUUGGACACAAGGUGCUAACAUGCCUCCAUGGGACAAAUCGAAAAUGGAAUCAUCCAUUUCCUCGAUGUGAGGCUCCUUGUGGAUAUAAUGUGACAGCUGAGAAUGGGACCAUCUAUUCACCUCAGUACCCCAAUGAAUACCCUAACUCCCAAGACUGCAACUGGCUCAUCAGCGUUCCCCAUGGCCACGGGGUUUACAUCAACUUUACUUUACUGCAGACUGAGCCCGUCACAGAUUAUAUUGCUGUCUGGGAUGGCCCUGAUACUUCAAGCCCUCAGCUGGGAGUCUUCAGUGGCAACACAGCUCUUGAGUCAGCCUAUAGUUCUAGCUCAAAGGUCCUGAUCCGUUUUCACUCUGAUUUCUCCACUGGAGGAUUCUUCAUCCUUAACUUUCAUGCCUACCGACUGAAGAAAUGCCCACCUCCUCCCAUUGUGGAGAACGCAGACAUUAUCUAUGAGGAUGAAGACUUUCACAUAGGGGAUAUUGUGAAGUAUCACUGCUUACCUGGAUACACAUUGGUUGGAAAAGCAGAGCUAAUGUGUAAACUUAAUUCUCACUUGCUUUUUGAGGCCCCGCCCCCAAAAUGUCAAGCUCAGUGCCCAGCAAAUGAGGAGCGGUUGUCAUCAUCAGGAGUCAUAUUGAGCCCUGGGUUUCCUGGCAACUAUCCCAACAGCCAGACUUGCUCUUGGCUCCUUCGGAUGCUUCCAGGUUACACCAUAAACAUCUAUGUAGAGAUGUUCCACAGUGAGAAGCAAUUUGAUGAACUGGAAAUUUUUGAUGGAUCCUCAGGACAAAGUCCUUUGCUUGUUGCACUGAGUGGUAACCACUCCUCUCAACUGAACUUCACAUCUAAAACAAACCAGCUCUAUCUACGAUGGUCUACUGACCAUGCCACCAACAAGAAGGGGUUCAAGAUACGAUACUCAGCAACCUAUUGCAGCAUUGAUGACCUUCCUAUAAACGGUGGUGUGGUCAACCGAUCCCGGCUCCAUCCAGGUAGCAGACUUCAGUUCUUUUGUAAUCGCGGUUACCGCCUGGUAGGUUUAAGCAACACUACCUGCAGGCUCGAUUCCAGCGGACUUUACCAGUGGGACACCCCUACACCUGUCUGUCAAGCAAUCUCAUGUGGAAUUCCUCCGACUCCUGGCAACGGCACUUUCCACGCAUACCAUUAUAAUGUUGGUAGCCAAGUUACCUAUCAUUGUAAUUAUGGCUACCAUCUUGACCCUGGUGUUCCAAUGACAGCUGUGUGUUUGGAAGAUGGCACCUGGAGUAACGCAGGCUCAAUUCCUUGGUGCUUGCCUGUGCACUGUCCCAACAUUGAAGAUGUCCUGUCAGAUCACAUGACAUAUCGCCCCCUCACUGGGAGGCUGGGAGAGUUUGGCUACUCUGUGAUGCUGGAGUGCUCAGCAGGGUUUUAUUUGGGUGUCGGUCAUCGAACUCUGCGCUGUCUCGCCAACGGAACCUGGGAGGGAUCAGAUGACCCAGCUACUUGCAAGAUCAUCUCUUGUGGAGAACUUCCUACACCACCCUUUGGUACCAAAUUGGGGACGCUGACUACAUUUGGAGCAACUGCCAUCUUUAUGUGCAACCAUGGAUACACGCUGGUGGGAUCACAUGUGAGGGAAUGUGGUGCUGAUGGGCUAUGGAGCGGUGCAGAAACAAGAUGUUUAGCUGGUCACUGUGACUCUCCAGAUCCUAUAGUCAAUGGUCACAUUAGCGGAGAUGGAUCAAGUUACCGUGACACUGUUGUGUACCAGUGCAUGUUAGGAUAUAGACUAAUCGGCACAUCUGUCAGAAUCUGCCAGCAAGACCAUCGGUGGUCCGGAACAACACCUGUCUGUGUCCCUAUCACUUGUGGACAUCCAGGAAACCCUACCAAUGGACAAACCAAUGGCAGCGAGUUCAACCUCAAUGACGUUGUCAACUUCACCUGCAAUAAAGGUUACAUCCUCAGUGGGAAUGCUCGGGCUCAGUGCCGAAUCAACGGACAGUGGAGCAACCCCUUACCUGCCUGCAAAGUGGUGAACUGUUCGGACCCUGGACAUGUGGAGAAUGGUGUUCACCAAUCCGGUCUGCGUUACCCAGAAAUCUUCAGCUAUGGUGUAACUGUGGUCAUUCACUGCAAGAGAGGCUUUUACCUACUUGGCUCUGCUGUCCUCACAUGUCAGCACAAUGGGCUGUGGGACCGCCCAACACCUCGCUGCUUAGCUAUUUCCUGUGGUGAUCCGGGUGUACCACCUAAUGCAGUAGUCUCUGGGACCCACAGUUGGACGUAUGGCUCUGUGCUGCAGUACUCCUGUCUGCCUGGUGGGGUUCUAGUCGGCAAUUCUACACGUUAUUGCAAGGAGGAUGGCACUUGGAGCGGAGCACCACCCUACUGCACAGGGGCUAGUCCUGGAAUAUGUGGCGACCCUGGGAUCCCUCCACAUGGCACCCGAUUGGGAGGAGAUGAAUUUAAGACCAAGAGCCUCCUGCGUUUUAGCUGCGAGGCUGGGUAUAAUCUGAUUGGCUCAGCUGAGAGGACUUGUCUUCUUAAUGGCAGCUGGAGUGGUACACAGCCUGUGUGUCAAGCUGUAUCCUGUGGUAACCCUGGCACCCCUGCCUAUGGAAGAAUUGUGUUCAGUGACGGCAUCACCUUUGGCAGCUCAGUGGCUUACGCAUGUUGGGAAGGCUUCAAAACGUCGGGCCUGACCACAAGACACUGCACAACAAAUGGGACGUGGACGGGUCAGCCCCCAGAUUGCACUGUGAUCAGUUGCGGAGACCCUGGACCUAUAGCUAAUGGCAUCUAUUUAGGAAGAGAAUUUACCUUCAACCGCACAGUGGCCUACCGCUGUAACCCCGGCCACGUAAUGGAACCAGCUGGACGCAGUGUUUUGAGCUGCACUAAAGAUGGAACCUGGAACCAAACCAAACCCAGCUGCAAAGUGAUCCAUUGUGGACCUCCCCCACAUGUGCUCAGUGGAAAAGUUGAAGGGACAGAUUAUUCCUGGGGAUCCAGUGUCAGCUACAGUUGCUUUCACGGUUAUCAGAUGUCCAUCCCUGCUGUGUUAACCUGUGAGGGAAACGGGACUUGGACAGGAGAGGUUCCAGAGUGUUUGCCUGUCUUAUGUGGGGAUCCUGGUUCACCUGGAGGAGGAUCCAGAGAGGGAAACAUCUUCUCAUAUGGAUCUGAGGUCCGGUUUUACUGCUAUGCUCCCUAUGUACUGGUGGGCUCUACCACCAGACUCUGUCAAGCAGAUGGUGUUUGGAGUGGCCAGCAACCAACCUGCAUUGAUCCAACCUUUAACAGUUGCCGUGAUCCAGGAACUCCUGCCUAUGGUAUUCCAAUCAUGGCCCAGGGCUUUCAGGUGGGCAGUAAAAUUUCUUUCAAAUGCCGCAAAAACUACCAUAUCCUUGGCUCAACAACGAGAACAUGCCUGGAAAAUCUGACUUGGAGUGGAACUCAACCUGAAUGCAUGGCUCAUUCAUGUCGACAGCCAGAAACUCCCAGUAACGUCGAUGUUCGAGCUAUGGACCUGCCAACUUUGGGUUAUACACUGAUAUACACCUGUCAAGAAGGUUUUUAUCUGUCUGGAGGAUCAGAGCACAGAACCUGCAAAAGUGAUGGGAGAUGGACGGGGAAACCACCGCUCUGUAAAGUUGGAGUGAAAGUAAAUCCCAAAGGAAGAGGGGAGUCAGAUGUACAGAAGAAUAAGAUCCGUGUUCCAGCUGAUGUCUUCUCCCCAAACUCUGAGUGGACCGGUUUCUACGAGUAUUUAGGGAAAAGGCAGACCACCACAUUCGCAGUUACUGGGUUUAAUACAACUAGUGGCCGAGUGAACGUCACAUUACUGGAGACCAGUGGAGUUUCAAUCCGACUAUCGGGUACCUAUAAGUCAGAGGAAAACCAGCUGCUGUUGAAGGUAUACCAGGUGAAGGGGCCAACAGAGUAUUACUACAGCAAGUUUAAAAACGACAACUGGGCAAUGGAUGGAUAUGUCACUGCAGAGUCUGACCAGAAGACCUUCAUCUACCAGGGACAUAUUCACAGUAAAGAUUUUGGCAAGUUCUCUCUGACGAGGCAAGGUCCAGUUACAACAGCGAUGAAUCCAUCAAACCAUUACACAAACAGUAGUUCUGUGGCAGCAGCCAUUUUAGUUCCCUUCUUUGCCCUCCUCCUCUCUGGGUUUGCCUUCUACCUCUACAAGCACAGGACAUUGUCUGCUGACACAGAUGACAAUGAGAGACCAAAAAACACCUGGGGACCUGGCGGCAGGACCCGUCCAAAGGUCCAAUUCAAUGGCUACGUCGGCCAUGAGAGCUCCAAUGGUCAAGCUUCAUUUGAAAAUCCCAUGUAUGAUACCAACAUGAAGCCAACGGAGGCUAAGGCAGUUCGAUUUGAUACCACCCUGAACACAGUCUGCACUGUGGUGUAGUCCAACAAACCUGUCACCUCCUGUAAAGUGAUCCAUGGCACCACCAUGUGGCAACCUGCUGAGUGGCAUUACCCCCACCCAAAAAAAAGAACAAACCUAAUAUCUGGACUUGUCACCAUGAGCAGCCUUUGUGUAAUGUGCGGGUGCAGUGCCAGCAUAAUCUUUACAGUAAUGCGGCUCUACUCCACUUCCCUACAGUAUGAGGGCAUUACUCAGCUCUGGUCUGAGGAAGAAAGAGAAAAGAUUGCUGACACCAACAAAAAAGGCAGUUAAACAUUACCUCAUCAAAUAAUAUAAAGGCUGAUGUCAGUAGAUUACCGCUUCAACUACAACUGUUUUAACACACUGUUGCAUUUCAAGCAUGUAUAGAGGAUAUGAUAGUUGAACAGCCACUCAGAGUAUGUUUAUUAACUUUCAACUUUUCUGAGGUUGAACUACCUUAUGGAAAAGCCUCUGCAGUGAGGAUCUUCUGGGUCUUUAAUACUGACUCCACAUGAGCAAAAGUUAAUUCCAAUAGAAGCCCAGUCUGCCAUGCCAAAUUUGCACAGUGGCAAAUGCUUAAAAAGUCCCCUGCUGCAGGCCAGAUAUGGGUUUGACCAAUGCAUGGUUUUACCUCCAGGGGAAGCAUAUAGACAAAGUCCACCUCUCAUACCCGUCCAGGCAUUAGAUGAAUCCCAUUUGUAACCUUAAAUAACAACUGGUGCUGGACCAAACUCAUCUGACACCAUUCUGUAUUUGAAAGAAGUGAUUUACCAGACAUAAUGAAGCCUUUACAGCCUUUGUUGUGUUAGAACCUUGUGUGGGUUCCACAGAUUUGCAUAACUCUUUAAACCAAAUGCAGUGAUAUGAUCAACCAGACCACUUCAUUUAAAGGAAAUUUAAUUUUAACCUGGUCGACAUUUGGGGAAUAAAGCAGGAUAAGGUGGGAGUUUCACAUACUUUUGUGAAUGUUUUAACCUAUUUAGAAAGUGAACGACAAGCAGGACAAUCACAGAGCUAGGUACAUUUAGUCGACAGAUAUUAAAACGGUUUCUUUAGUUAUUGCCAUCGUCAUUACUUUAACACUUUUAUGCCUUUAAUUAAAACACUGUAGUACACUGCAUCUGAAUAGGUUAAAACAUAGCAAAUCAGGCCUUUCUAAACAAUGUUUUCCAAAGUUUUUAAACAAAAACGAAGAAUUACGCCAAGUCAUAUCCUUUUUCUACAAAUUCAAAUGUCAUAAGAAGGUGAUAAUUAAAAAUAUGAGCCCUACACAGAAGGUGUAACAAUAGGCAGGCAGUAUUAAAUCAUAUAAACAGUAGAUUGUGUUGCCCACUGUUUGCAGACAAUGGACCGGUUUCCAGAAGCUUGUAAAACAACUAUCAAGCAUUUUUUUUUUUGUCUUGGACUCACCACAGUUCUGUGUUUGGUGGUUUAACAAGUGGAAACCUGGAGGCAAUAAGCUGUCAGGAUUGUCAACUGCUGCAAUCAACUGUGCCCAAAUCCAGGAAAUGAUUUGUUCUCCUGUAACCUUGGUCCAGACCAUCAGCCAUGAGAUGACUGAUUCCUUUUCUUCACUACACUUUCCAGCCACAAAAUACAAAAUAAGAUAAACCGAUUUGCAGACAGACUGGCUGACUGACAGCAACAGGACAAAUGGACACAGACAAAAUCGUGCAGUUAGUCACUGCUGUCAGUCAAGCUUACUAAAGGAGACGUGGACGUGUUAGAGUGGAAAUUGAGACAUCAAGAAUUUUCUAAUUGUCUCUUCUGGCAUUUUUCUUCAGUGAAGAUACUGAUGAACAAACUCAUAUGUUCAAAAAAACCAACGGCUCAUUGGGACUUCCCAAAUCACAGCUGCUGGAGACUCUUGAAUAUAAAGUUUAUAUGAAUCGCACAAA